AUGAUAGGUUCUCGGGUCAAGCAGAACAACCUCAAGGCGACGAUAGGGGCGUCCUAUAACAAGCUGUAUGGGCAGUUCACGGCCAGCGAGCUGCGGGAGGUGGGCAACUACCGGAUUGUGAAGCAGGUGGGCGAGGGCUCGUUCGGGAAGGUGUACCUGGCAACGCACAAGCUGACGCACCAGAAGGUGGUGCUGAAGACCGGGGCGAAGAGCGACCCGAAUGUGGUGCGGGAGGUGUUUUACCACCGGCAGUUCGAGUACCCGUUCAUCACGAAGCUGUACGAGGUGAUUGUGACGGAGACGCGGGUGUGGAUGGCGCUGGAGUACUGCCCGGGCAACGAGCUGUACGACUACCUGCUGCUGAAGCAGCGGAUCCCGCUGGACGAGACGCGACGGCUGUUUGCGCAGAUCGUGAGCGCGGUGUUCUACGCGCACUCGCUGCAGUGCGUGCACCGGGACCUGAAGCUGGAGAACAUCCUGCUGGACAAGAACGGGUACGCGAUGCUGACGGACUUCGGGUUCACACGGGAGUGCGCGACGAAGACGCAGCUGGAGACGGUAUGCGGGACGACGGUGUACAUGGCGCCGGAGCUGAUCAAGCGGGAGGCGUACGACGGUUACAAGGUGGAUACGUGGUCGCUGGGCAUCAUCCUGUACACGAUGCUGCACGGGUACAUGCCGUUCGACGAGGAUGACACCGUGCGGACGGGGCUGAAGAUCAUGCACGAGGAGCCGGCGGUGCUCGACGAGUACACGAGCCCGCAAGCGAAGGACCUGAUCGUGCGGCUGCUGGACAAGAACGCCGCGCAGCGGCCUAACCUCAACGAGGUGCUGCAGCACCCGUUUCUGCAGCCGUACGGUGCGCUCCUGCUGGAGACGGUCGAGUGCCUGAUCAAGCGCCAGAGACGCGCGUCCUUGAAGUUCCAGUCGAAGACCGAGAAGCGCCUGUUGAAGAAACUCAAGCAGUCGGGCUUCGACACGAACGCCAUCCGCGCGGCGGUGGUCAAGCGGAGCUGCGACUCGCUGUGUAGCCUCUGGUACCUCCUGCUGGAGAAGGAGAAGAAACGAGAGCUUUCAAAAUACCCGCGGAGGAGCCGAUCGAUGCUCUCGGUGCGCAAGGUGUUCGACUCGGCCUCGGGCGUGUCGACCCAGGACGUGCUCGACAUUGACAACACGACGUCGCUCCGGAAAAUAUUCAGUAUACGCAGCGAAGCCUCCUCGCGAGGCCAACUCAAGGAGGCGGAGAAGGAAGCAGCGGCAAGGAGAACGCGCUCCGCAUCGACAUCUCAAAACUUAAAUAUACCGAGCGAGCAUAGCUCGCCUGCCCGCGCCAAAACGAAGUCCAACAUAUUCCAAAAAGUCACCAAGUUCUUCAGCCGAGCCAAGAAGACGCAGCUGAACAAUAAUGACAGGGGGUUUGGGCACAGGCGAAGCACGUCACGACAUGGACGCCGAUAUAAGCCUGCAUUCGACACAUUAAAAAAGCCACUUCAUGAAUCACAGGGGGCCGAAACAUCCGCGACGGCAGGCGGCGAUUACCCUACGAGUUUAGGGGAUCGGCAUCGCUUGCGCGGUGCGCUGACCAUCGAAGAGCCCAAGCUGAAGUUCAAGUCGCAGUCAUCCUCGGAACUCUCGAUACAGCAAUCAUUGUUGACCUCUGAGGGUGACAGCAACGUUGCAUCGAUGUCUCGUGCCGCCUCCUUAGGCAGGCCACGUCCGUCAUCCAUGCUGUCACAGCACUCAGCGCUGUCCAACGAUACUUUUAAUUCUGAGUACUCCGAUCCGCAGUCAGUCUACAAGGCACCGACUGGUAGCAGUGCCAAGGUCUCGGGGUCUGGAAACAUCAAUGGCGGUAGCACCGGCGACUCAGGUUCGUUUUCCAAAUCAAAAGUUUUCGCGAAAAGGUCAGUUAGCAUAAUGUCAAGCGCCUCAAGCGCCUCUGAACUAAGUUCCAAGACGGAUUCUUUUUACGAUAUUACAACUGCUACGUCGCCUACACACUUGGACAUAAGGGCCACCGUUAAUGGGACAUCUAGGGUGGAGUCUGCCUUCCCGAGAGCUGACAGCGCAGCAAUAACUCCAGCAUGGCUCACAAAGCGCGACAAGACUUCCAUUUUGCGAAGAAGAGUAAAUACACGAACCCUGAAGCGGAACAAGUUAAUCCGAGGGAAUUCGACAGGUACGCAGUCCGUCAUACAAGAAGAAAGCUCCUUUAGCGACAACGAUGAGCAGGCGCCAAUCCUGGCCGCCACAGAAGUAGUGUAUGCACGUAUUAGCAACAACCCAGAACUAGAUGAAGAUGUGCCCGUGCAGACAGAUAGCUCAAACUCAUCACAUGCUGAGCUCGCAAUUUACCCACUGACGCUUAAUUCGGACUCAAAAUCAGGUGAAUUUCUCGCCGGAAGAUCUCUUAGCGACGUGAGUGCGUGGUCACAAAACGGCUCGUCCCUAGCGGUCACUCAGAGCCAGGCCACAAAAAAAGAAAGCCACGAAGAUCAGCUUUUUGAUCAGGACAGUAGCAGCUUGACUGAGUAUCAGCAGGAAAAGCCUAGCUAA